AUGAUCGAUGCAGAAACAUUAUUUGACUUGCUUCAAAUGGAAGUUGUUAAUUUUACACAUAGCAUGAAAGGUGUAAACAGACAUGAGGCGAAUACAAAAUUGGAAAAAAUGGGUUUUCGUGUUGGACAGAGUCUUAUUGAAAGAUUUACGAAAGACUCUCAAAGAUUUAAAGAUGAAUUAGACUUAAUGAAGUUUAUUUGUAAAGAUUUUUGGGGCAUGUUAUUCAUGAAACAGAUUGACAAUUUGCGAACAAAUCACCAGGGUGUUUACGUUUUAAACGAUAAUUGUUUUAAAUUGUUAAGUAAGCUACCAGUCAACCGACAGUACAUUCUAGAAGGAGAGAAAUAUGUGGCGUUUCCUUGUGGUCUGAUCAGGGGCGCUUUGGCUGGAUUGGGUGUGACAUCAUUUGUCACUGCUAUUGUCAAUGAAAUGCCUGCUGUCAAAUUUCAAGUUGAAAUACAACGAUCGUGA